AAUUUUCCAACUCCUUGUGAUGGAAGGAGAUACCCUCAUGUGGAAAAAAUAUUAUUAAAAGGUGGGAAAAGAAUGAUGAAAAGUAUGUCAGAAUUAAUGGUGGGUCAUUUUUAGACUACUUGGGGUUCAAGCUUACCACAGUCAUCAUUCAUCAAACGUCACUCAUACCGCGUUUGGCUUCACUUAUAGAGAAAGCACUGGUUAUCUAUAGAUGUAAAUAAGUGAUCACCCACUUCCCUCUUCUCUAAGAGCAAAUUAUUUAACCAAAUUAAACCCGAGAUAUCUCGCCGUUACUCUCUCUUGUGUUGUGCUGUAACAGAAAUGGACGAUCUUGUUGGUUUCAGAUUCCAUCCAACUGAUGAAGAAAUCAUCUUUCUUCUUGGGGAGAAGAGGCGUGACCCUAGUAUAACUAUCCAUGCUAUUUUUGAGACUAAUAUCUACGAUUUCGAACCUCCUGAAUUAUCUAGACUUUCUCCAAUUCAGUCCGAUAAAAAAUGGUGCAGCUUUUUCACUGCACCUAAUUAUAUAAACCCUGAUCGCAAACGUGUGUGCAGAGCAACUAAGACAGGAUAUUGGAAAGUAACUGGUGAAGGUUAUCCCAUCAAGGACAAACACAGCAAAAGGGAAAUUGGUUUCAAAAGAGUACUGGUUUUCUAUGAACGCCCUGGUGGUUCUAAGGAGAUUAAGACUAACUGGGUUAUGCAUCAGUUCUCUGCCACAGACAGUCCUCUUUAUAAGAAGGAUUUUGUUGUGUGUCGUGUAAAAAAGCAAGGGAAUAAGAAGCGUCGUUCUUCAAGCAAUGUUGAAGGUCAACAACAAAAGAAGCUACGAGCAUCAACCAACAGUCAAGUUCAACCAAGUUACAAUAUGACUUUAGAUAAUGGUAAUCUUGUUGCAAAAAAUACCUCUUUGAAGUCUCAUUUACCACCAAUUAAUUAUUUGGUUUCUUUUAGAAAUCAUCAUCAUUAUGCAGAAAAUUUAUCUCCAGAAUUGCAGUUACCUAUAACAGAAAAUACACCUCCAGGAUUACCAUUAUCUAUCAUAGAGAAUAGUUCUCCAGAAUUGCAGUCACCCGAUGUUGGAAAUACUUUUCCAGAGUUACAAUUACCUGUCUUAGGAAACACUCAUCCAGAAAUGCAGUUACCUGUUGCAGAAAAUACUCAUCCAGAAUUGCAAUUACCUGUCGUAGAAAAUGCUCAUCCAAAGUUACAGUUACCUAUCAUAAAUUAUACUUUUCCAGAAUUGCAGUUACCUGUUGUAGGAAAUGCAGUUCCACAAUUUCAGUUACCUACUGCAGAAAAUACAUCUCUGGAGUCGCAACAACUACCAAGUGAAUGUUUAGUCUACAAUAUUGGACACGAUGCUGCAGAAAAUACAUUGCAAGUGGAUCCUCCACAGCUAGCAACAUUUAAUGAACUAAAAGGAUGUGAGGGGCUUGUUCAGUCCUCUUUCUCAGCAGUUCAUUCACCGGUUUCUCCAUUUAGUAUUGCAUGGGAAGAAGAUAACCCAUCGGAUGUCCAAGGUGGAUACACUAGUGAAGAACGUGGAGAAAGCACUCUUCACUUUAAAUCAUCAAAAUCAAUCCCAGGAUUUUGUGGUGGAAAUAGAAAUGAAACAGAUACUGAGUUUAUUGAAUGGGUUCAUAAUAUGUUUGAGUAUGAUAAUAUCACAAGUGUAAACUACAAUGCAAUUUUGAAUUAUUGACAUUGUAUUGAUGCUUCACACUUUCAUUUUGUAUUCAGAACUAUGUAUUCUUUAUGUCUAUUUGGGUUUGUUAUUUAGAACAUUUAUGAGAUUUCAAUUAGUUUGUUCA